AUGGACACAGAAAGUAAGAGCAGAGCUCAUCUUGUUCUCCCAAACCCACAAGAAUCCCCCAGUGUGCCUGACAUUGAGCUCUUGGAAACAUCUCCUCCUGCUAAAGCUCUGCCAGAGAAGCCAGCAACACCCCCACCACGGCAGACAUGGCAGACAAUUCUGAAGAGAGAUUUGGAGUUCCUGGGGGCAACACAAAUUCUGGUUGGCUUGAUAUGCCUUUGUUUUGGAACAAUUGUCUACUCUGCACUCCAUAUUGCAGACUUUGAUGAAGAAGUGCUUUUAUCGUAUAGAGCGGGCUAUCCAUUCUGGGGAGCAGUGCUGUUUGUGUUGUCUGGAUUUUUGUCAGUUAUGUGUGAAAGGAAAAGCACCCUCUAUCUGGUGAGAGGAAGCCUGGGAGCCAACGUUGUCAGCAGUAUCACUGCAGGAAUAGGGAUCAUCAUACUGAUCCUCAACCUGAGCCACAGUUACGCUUAUAUGAACUACUGUAAGGAUCUAAGCGAGGAUGAUGGCUGCUUUGUGGCGUCUUUUGUGACAGAAAUGGUGCUGAUGAUGCUGUUCCUCACCAUCCUGGCCUUUUGCAGUGCUGUGAUGCUUACCACCUAUAGGAUUGGAGAAGAACUAAAAAAUAAUAAGGUCACAGAUGAUCGUCUUUAUGAAGAACUUAAUGUUUAUUCACCAAUUUACAGUGAGUUGGAAGACAAAGGGGAAACAUCUACUCCUAUUGGUUCAUAA